AUGGAUCCUCUGGCAUCCUACUGUUCAGUGGAUCUAGCAACUAAUGUGACAGUUACGAUUUUACCAUGGGCUGUCAUAGGAGAUUUCAACCAAAUUAUGUUUCCUCAUGAGAACUCCACACCACUUGUUACAUCUUCCCAGCCUGGUAUGCGUGAUCUUCAGCAAUGCCUUGACUCAUCUGCUAUGUGUGAUCUACCUUAUUGUGGGAACACCUACACGUGGACCAAUAAACACAUAGUCGGUCUUAUUGCAAAGAAGCAGCACAGAAUAGUCGUAAAUGACCUUUGGCGUGUAGAGUUCCCUUCCUCUCUGGCUGUUUUUGGUGAACCUGUUUUCUCAGACCACAGCCCGGGAUGCCUAUUUCUUGACUCUGCCAAGCAAAAGUGUAAUAAACCAUUCAAGUUCUUCUCGCUACUAAAUCAACAUCCUGAGUUUGCACCUUUAAUCAAACUGUGGUGGGAUGCUCUCCAGUUUGAUGGGACCAAGAUGUUCGUGAUAUCAAAGAAGCUAAAGUUUCUAAAGAAGGUAAUUCGCGACUUUAGCAAGGAGAAUUAUUCAGGUAUCGAGAAGCGGGUUCAGGAGGCUUAUUCUGAGCUUAUAAAGUGUCAACAAGAGCUCCUCACUGAUCCCUCUACUGCUUUGAGUCUCAAAGAAAGAGAAGCUCAUAAGGGUAUCCAAGACCUUACAGUGGAAUAUUAUAAGAAGAUGUUUGGAGAUUUGGGCUCUUCUUCAUUGGCGUCUAUAGCUGAAUUGGCAGACCUCAUCCCUCAAAGGUGCACCUCGACUGCUCUGCUGGUUCUUAACGCUCCCAUCACACCCUCAGAAGUGAAGAAUGUCGUAUUUGAACUACCCAUAAACAAAGCUACGGGUCUGGAUGGUUAUUGUGCAGUGUUUUUCAUUUCUCAUUGGGGUACAGUUGGGCAGGCAGUCACUGAUGCAGAUCUAGAAUUUUUCAGCUCUAGUAAGCUGUUAAAGCAAUGGAAUGCGACUAUCUUAUCCUUGAUUCCCAAGAAUCCGAAUGCUCAGAAAGUUGCUGAUUUCAGGCCAAUUGCUUGCUGCAACACCCUGUAUAAGAUUGUUUCCAAGCUAUUGGCUAACAAAAUUAAAAAGGUUGUCCCAGAUUUAAUCUCCAACAAUCAGUCUACGUUUGUUCCCGAAAGACUUCUCGUGGAAAAUGUCAUGCUUGCUACUGAGUUAGUCCAAGGCUAUAAUCAGAAGAACAUCUCUGCAAGGGAAAUGCUUAAAGUGGACCUUAGGAAGGUCUUUGAUUCGGUUCAGUGGGAUUAUCUGUUAAAUAUCCUCAAAGCAAUGGAGUUUCCGGAGCACUUCAUCGCUCUGAUUGAUCAGUGCAUAUCCACUGCAAGCUUCUCACUAUGCAUCAAUGGGGAGCUAUGUGGUUACUUCAAGGGGACAAAAGGACUGAGACAAGGGGAUUCUAUCUCUCCUUACCUUUUUUUUCCUGGCCAUGGAGGAUUUCUCUCGGAUGUUAAUGAAAAACUUCAUCAACAAUCAUAUUGCAAUUCUCAGAAGCUUCAGGACCUCUAUUUAGCGGGUGUGAGCCAUGUUGAAACCCUUCAGAUGAGCUCUCUUGGUUUCAACAUUGGAUCACUCCCCAUUAGGUAUCUUGGGCUUCCACUUAUGCACAGAAAGCUCAAAAUUGCCGAAUACAGACCACUGAUUGAGAAGAUCAUGAUGCGCUUCACCACUUGGUCUGCCAGAGCUCUGUCGUACGCUGGUAGACUUCAAUUAAUCUCUUCAGUGAUAUAUGGAACCCUUAAUUUUUGGAUGUUUGCUUUCAUCUUGCCUAAAGGCUACAUAAAGAAGAUCGAAAGUUUGUGUAUAAACUUUCUGUGGAGUGGUGAUGCAACAACAGAUUCUUUAUGGGCUAUCUGGUUGCGAAAUACAAAGAUAAAAGAUGUCAGCUUCUGGUACAUUGAUGCAAAAAAGCCUGCAUCCUGGACCUGGAAGGCACUGUUGAAUCUCAGGCACAUUGCAGGUAGUUUCCUGAAGGCGCGACUGGGUAAUGGGCAGCGACUUAGUUUCUGGUAUGACUCAUGGGCCCCUUUUGGUCCGUUAUUUGGCUAUCUAGGUCCUACUGGUCCUGCCCAAACAGGCAUUUCAAUCCAUGCAAAAGUUGCUCAGGCUUGGUCUCUGACGGGGUGGAAUAUCAGACCAGCAAGGUCACCAAGGGCUGAAGAUCUUCAUAUUUUUCUCACAACAAUAAGUGUUCCUCCUUCCACCGAUUUUUCUGAUGGGUACUUCUGGCUAUGCGGCACUGAGGAACUCUUAGAUUUCGCUACAAAAAAGACAUGGGAAAUCUUACGGCCAAGACAGGAUCCCCCUCCGGGGACUGAGCAAGUUUGGUUCAAAGGAGGUAUUCCUCGACAUGCUUUCAUGAUGUGGCUUAUGCACCAAGAUAGAUUACCAACAAGAGAGAGAUUAAUUAGGUGGGGUCUCCAAACUAAGCCUAAAUGCUGCCUUUGUGGGUUGUAUCUGGAAACAAGAGAGCAUCUUUUCCUCCGCUGUGAAGUUAGUGACGAAUUCUGGUCUGCAGUGACCAGGAGGCUAGGUUACAGACCUUUCUCCUUUCAUACCUGA